ACCCGUCCGACCGGUGUGGCGGUGCGGAGGGUGUUGGCUGGUUGGGCUGAAGGGCAGGGCGCAUACUUCGUACUGGUUAUGCUGUAGACUACCGGCUACUUUGCGCACUGUCUGUCUGGAUCUAAUCGGCAGCCGAAAGUGCCCAACGCUUUCUAUCGCCGCUUUGCUAUUUAUCCAUAGAGACCCUUGGAUUUGUACGUGCGCGUCAUUUCUGACCCGUGGAGUGAUUUUACGCACAGGCAAUUUGGAACUGAUCUUAUCGAAUCCGAAUGGAAUCAAACGGCAAAGCGGGAAAACAUGGUUUAGAGGGCGAUGUGGACCUUCAGUUCUUGCUGGUGGGGGGAAAGCUGAUGAAAAUAAAGUCUUCCUCUUGGAAAAAGGACCGAAUGUACAAGCUGCAUGAUGACAACGCAACCAUAUGGCAUGAGUCACACAGGAUCUUCAAGAGAAAACAGACCUUUUCCAUUGAUGAUGUAGAUUCUGUGCGUAAGGGCCGUCAGUCGGAGGGUCUUCAGAAGCACACAGAGGCCCACGUUGAGGACCGCUGUUUCUCCAUCUUCUUUAAGGGCCGCAGGAGGAACCUGGACCUGGUGGCGACCUCGGUGGAGGAGGCUCGGCAGUGGGUCAAUGGUCUGGAGAAGAUCAUCUCUAACAUGAAGAAACUCAACCGCCAGCAGACGAGCGAGCACUGGAUCUUCAACUGUAUGAGGAAAGCAGACAAGAACAAGGACAACAUGAUGACUCUGAAGGAGCUGAAACACUUCCUCCGCCAGAUCAACAUCGAGGUGGACGAGACCUACGCUAAAUUGCUGUUUACAAAAUGUGACACGUCAAACUCUGGCACCCUGGAGGGUUCUGAAAUCAAACACUUCUAUGACCUGUUGACUCACCGGGAGGAGAUCGAUGUGAUCUACGAGAAGCACGCCGCCACAGGGGGGCAGAUGAGCGCCCAGGAUCUGCUCAACUUCCUGCUGAAUGAGCAGCGUGAGGUGGCCACCUUGGAGGACGCCUUAAGACUCAUAGAGAAAUACGAGCUGGAUGACUCAGCAAAGCAUAUGAAUCACAUGACCAAAGAUGGCUUCCUGAUGUACCUGCAACAGGAGGAGGGGUCUAUCUUCAACCCCGCCCACAAGAAGGUGUUCCAGGAUAUGAGCCAGCCAAUCAACCACUACUUUAUCAGCUCUUCCCACAACACCUACCUGAUGGAAGACCAGCUCAAAGGCCCCAGCAGCACAGAGGCCUACAUCAAGGCCCUGAUGAAGAGUUGUCGCUGUGUGGAGUUAGACUGUUGGGACGGGGCCCAUGGGGAGCCAGUCAUCUACCAUGGCCACACCCUCACCUCCAAGGUCCUGUUUAAAGAUGUCAUCAAGGCCAUCAAGGAGUAUGCCUUCAAGACAUCAGAGUACCCAGUGAUCCUGUCCCUGGAGAACCACUGUACACUGGAGCAGCAGAAACUGAUGGCCAAGCACAUGAUCUCCAUCCUGGGCAGCGCCCUGCUCACCUCCCCCCUGGAGGACCAGAUGCCCACUGCCUUCCCCUCACCCCAGGAAUUGAAGGGUCGGUUCAUCAUCAAGGGGAAACGUCUGAACAAGCUGGAUGCCGUCUUCAGCAAUACUAGUCCUGGAGUAGAGGAUGACUGUGUCUCAGAGGAGGACGAGGCUGCAGAGACCAACAACUCCAAGACAGACACCAACGAACAGAAGGCCAAAGCCAAGAAGUCAAAGAUCAAGCUAGCGAAGCAGCUGUCUGAUCUGGUGAUCUACUGUAAGAGUGUCCACUUCUCAGGGUUUGAGCACGCUAAAGACAACCAGGCCUUCUAUGAGAUGUCCUCCUUUAAAGAGAGCAAGGCUGUUAACCUGGCUGAGACAGCAGCUAAAGCCUUUAUCCACCACAACAUGACCAAGCUGAGCCGUAUCUACCCAGCUGGCUCCAGAACAACCUCCUCCAACUACAACCCAGUUCCCCUGUGGAACGCAGGCUGUCAGAUAGUGGCGCUGAACUUCCAGACUCCAUCUAAGGAGAUGGACCUGAACCAGGGCAGGUUCCGAUCCAACGGGCUGAGUGGAUACAUCCUGAAGCCUGAAUUCCAGAGAUACGCUGGGUCAGAGUUCAAUCCUAUGACCCUAACCAAGGGACCCUGGAUCAAACACAAGGCCUUCCACAUCAUGGUGAUCUCAGCCCAGCAGCUGCCCAAGCUAAACAAGGACAAGCCUAAAUCCAUCGUGGACCCGCUGGUUAAAGUGGAGAUCUACGGUGUUCCAGCUGACACGUGCAGCAAGGAGACACGCUCCAUCGAGAACAACGGUUUUAACCCCAUGUGGAAUGAGACGUUCCAGUUUGACAUCCAGGUACCAGAGCUGGCCAUGUUGCGUUUCCUGGUCGAAGACUAUGACGCCACCUCACAGAACGACCUGAUUGGACAUUACUGCCUGCCACUGACCAGUCUACAGAACGGCUACCGCCACGUCCCUCUGCUCACCAAGCGUGGUGAUGUCAUCCCCUCCGCCGGCCUGUUUGUUCACCUCAUGCUGCUGGACGCCAAAUAGAUCCCGACCCACUUCACACUGAUGCCUCCCUCAUCACGCUGACCCCGUCCACGUCUCACUGACCCUUCCCACAUCACGCUGACCCCUCCCACACUUGCCACUCCCACAUGAUACGAACCACUCACAUACCACACUGACCCUUCCCACAUCAUACUCACCCCUCCCACACCACACUGACUCCUCCCACAUCAUACUAAAAAGUCCAAUCCACACUGACCCCUGCCACAUCAUACUAAAAAGUCCAAUCCACACUGACCCCUCCCACAUCAUACUAAAAAGCCCAAUCCACACUGACCCCUCCCACAUCAUACUAAAAAGCCCAAUCCACACUGACCCCUCCCACAUCACUGACAAUUCCCACAUCAUUGAGUUGUAACUGACAAGGUUUUUAAUAUGUCGAUAUUUAAUGUUUUAUCUACUUCUUUUAAGUUUGUUCCACCUGAGUAAGUCUGACCACAAGUCAGAGACCACUGUGAUGACACACCAAAAUGUGUUUGAUGGAUGGCUGGAAAAUAGGAUUUUGUAGGCUACAGUCCAAACUGUUGUUUUUAUCGCCCUGCUUUGCUUUAUCUCGGCCAGGUCGCAGUUGUAAAUGAGAACUUGUUAAAUAAAUUAAUAUAUAUAUAUAUGUUUUCCAAUGGUGCGAUUUCUGUCAGUCUGCAAAUAUUAUCCAACUUGAAUAAACUCUUGGAGGUAAGGAUGACAGCAGUGGUGUAGUCUACGACGAUACGGAUAUCACUCAUUAUUGAUAUCUACAUAGCACAUUGAUGUGAAUCACACUGCUGCUCUCUCAUUUAGCUAUUUACGCCUUACCUAUUGUGGUUGUUGGCUGUUCACGAAUCUAAAUGUGUAUUUGAACCCAAUAAUGGUUGAAUUCAAAAAGUUUAAACUGCCUAUCAAUCAUUGUUUUUAAAACCAGUGGACAGCCAGUGAAAAAUGCGCUCUGGCAGCAGCUGCAUAGCGUGGAUCCCAGCCUAUGGAAUAAAAGUGGGGCUUUCAUUGCUCAAUCUAAUUCAUGCUGAUUAAUAACAAAUAAAAGAUCCAUAGGCCUAAUGGACACAUGAUCAAACUCAUUAUGACUGUUGUUACUGACUGUUCAUGUGAAACACACAUCAAGCCCUACAUGACCUACUGCGGUUCCUCUUAACACUCUUCUCUUGAUAUCAGCUGUGUAACAUAUAACAGAGUAUAGUAGCUGUGGUAGUAAUAUCUUGCUGUUGUUUUUCAGUAAACUGCCUUUGCACAUGCUCUUGAAUAAAAUCAUAAUUUAGAAAAG